AUGGCGAGUCGACGAAUCUUAUCAUCUCUCCUCCGUUCAUCAUCUCAAACCAGAUCCGCCGCCAAAUUCGGGACCCGAAACCCUAGGCUCCCGUCUCCUUCCCCUGCUCGUUGCCUCGCUCCAUGUGGGACCCUCCUCGGCCGCGUGGCCGAGUAUUCAACCUCUUCACCAGCUCCUCCUCCAGCUCCAGCUAAGGAUGAGGCGGCGAAGAAGACUUACGAUUACGGAGGAAAAGGCGCGAUCGGGAAGGUUUGCCAGGUCAUCGGUGCUAUUGUGGAUGUGAGAUUCGAAGAUCAGGAAGGUUUGCCUCCGAUCAUGACGUCACUGGAGGUGCAGGAUCAUCCCACGAGGCUGGUGCUUGAGGUGUCUCAUCAUUUGGGGCAGAAUGUUGUGAGGACUAUUGCUAUGGAUGGUACUGAGGGGCUUGUUCGUGGGAGGCGCGUGCUCAACACUGGCGCUCCGAUUACUGUGCCUGUUGGAAGGGCUACGCUUGGACGUAUUAUGAACGUGCUUGGAGAACCUAUUGACGAAAGAGGCGAGAUUAAGACCGAACACUACCUACCUAUUCACAGAGAUGCUCCAGCUUUGGUUGAUCUAGCUACAGGGCAAGAGAUCCUUGCUACUGGUAUUAAGUCGGAGAGCAAAUGUGCUCUUGUGUACGGACAAAUGAACGAGCCCCCGGGUGCCCGUGCCCGUGUUGGACUCACUGGUUUGACUGUUGCUGAGUAUUUCCGUGAUGCUGAAGGCCAAGAUGUGUUGCUUUUCAUUGACAACAUUUUCCGUUUCACCCAGGGUCUGCUUGAUGGUAAGUACGAUGAUCUUCCUGAACAAUCAUUUUACAUGGUUGGUGGCAUUGACGAGGUGGUUGCCAAGGCCGAGAAGAUCUCCAAGGAGUCAGCGGCUUAA